AAGAAUGUCGGGAAUACCGUGGGAGAGCGAGGAAAGUCAAAACUACACUCGAGCAGAUUAUAUUGUUACAAAUGCUGUUAGACAAGAAUUGAGGAAUUUCUUUAUCAAGAAAUGGAACAGACGUUACCAGGCUUCUCUUGGAGCAUGGGAUGACACCAACGUGAGUGGAAGUCAAUUGUUUAAUCUGGAGAAAACACGAGCAAGGCCAAAUAAGACGACGCUCCAGUCCAAAUUUCAAAAUGGAGAUUCAAAUGAAUGGGAUUGCACUGCACUUUUUGAUGCAAUUCUUUAUUCCAACUCAAUUGGGGCUUGUCUUACUACAGCGGAAAAGACAGAAAUCGAUAAUCUAAGAAAACUACGAAAUAAAUUAGCUCAACAGGUAAUGACAGCAGAAGCUGAAAAUGCGUUGACAGCAUUAGGAUUGUCAACAAAUGAAGCUGUUCGAAUAAGGGACCUUUUUGCGUCCUUUGAGGUUCUUCCUCCAAAGCCAACCCAUGAGGUAGUUCCUCGUUCUGACCUGAUAUACGAAAUGAAACAUGAUCUUGAACGAUUGCGCAGCGAUAAUGAUGGUAAACUUACAUAUUUCUACAUCUCUGGGAAUCCAGGAAGUGGAAAAUCUCAACUCUCCAGACAAGUUUGUGAAAAUAUAUUCGAAGAAGUAAAUGCAAUGUUUGUGAUGACACUCAACGGAAAAGAUUUAGAGUCACUAUUUUCUUCCUAUGAAGAAUUUGGUCGGAAGUUAAAUUGUAUCGAGAGUGCUUUACAAAGUGUUUUAAGUUCGUCUAAAACAAUACAAGAAAAAAUCAAAGAUUUAAGAUCACAAAUAUGUUGCAGAAUUAAGAAUUGGAAGAAGUGGUGGAUCAUCGUAGACAAUGUAGAAAACGUAGAGCUUAUAUCUCAACUACUGCCUCAGAGAGGAGACAAAGGUUGGAAUAACGGCCAAAUUAUCUUAACAACGCAAAACACAAACGCUGUACCUGAAGACAGCUUGUCAACUAAGCAUAUUUCACUUAAUCUCGGUAUGAAUGAGCAAGAAUGUCGCCAGUUACUUGUCCUGUUAUCUAGUAUUGAAGAAAAUGAUCCAUUACUAGAUGAGGUGGCAGAGAGGUUAGAUCGUCAACCUCUGGCCAUGGCUGCGGCAGCUGUGUAUAUGAGACAAGUCAUCAAGAGCUGCCCAAAUUUCUCGUGGCGAGAAUAUUUGGAAAAGCUUGAGAAAGGUAAAAGAGGAUUAACGGAAGAACGUGUUCGGCAGAUGAACUCAGCAGCAUAUUCCUCCACCAUGUCGACAGCAGUGCUUUUAGCUGUUGAAAAAUGUGCAGAAAAUAACACAAUUCUUAAACAUGCAUUGAACCUUUUCUCUUUGAUAUCGUUUGAACCUUUCCCACUUGAUCUCGUUGUAAAAUAUAUUAAGCAGCAAGAAAAUGGGCUCGAUGCUGAGGAUAUAAUUUCUUCAAUAAAACUCUGCUCAUUGUUUGUACAUGUUGAUAAUGACGAUUAUAUCCGCCUACAUCGUGUUGUUCAUGAAGCCGUGAAAACAUUUUUUUAUUUGAAGAAAACUGAGAAUGAUGAUAAUUCAAGACAUUUAAUAUGCACCAUUAUAACAUUGAAUUUCUUCAAAGAGAGGGAAGAUAAAAUCAAAUUAAUUUCGCAUCUGAAAGCAUUUCACGAAAGGAUUAAUGAUACUACGCUUUUUCCUGAUGAAACGCUAUACGCAAUAAGCUUGAAUUUUGAAAACAUUUGUCGAAUGUAUACGUUUUUUGGGAAUACCCUUUUUCGCUUCUCUGAGUUCGAACUGUCAAUGCAAUUUCAUCAACUCACACUGAAAAUUUGUUUAGAACGAUUAGGGGCGAAUCAUACUGAUGUUGCUACUUCAUACAGCGCAUUGGGUGAUGUGUGUUAUAAGAAACGUGAUCUGGAACAUGCUAAUGAUUAUUAUCAACGGGCAUUGAAAAUUGAUUUAGACUUAUCAGGGGCGAACCAUACUGACGUUGCUACUUCAUACAGCAAAUUGGGUGAUGUGUGUUAUAAGAAAGAUGAUCUGGAACAAGCUAAUGAUUAUUAUCAACGGGCAUUGAAAAUUGAUUUAGUACUAUCAGGGGCGAACCAUACUCACGUUGCUACUUCAUACAGCAAAUUGGGUGAUGUUUGCUGUAAAAAAGGUGAUUUGGAACAUGCUAAUGAUUAUUAUCAAAAGGCGCUGGUAAUACGUUUAGAACGACUAGGGCUGAACCAUACUGACGUUGCCACUUCAUACAGCAAAUUGGGUGAUGUGUGUUACAAGAAAGGUGAUCUGGAACAUGCUAAUGAUUAUUAUCAACGGGCAUUGAAAAUCUAUUUAGAACGAUUAGGGGCGAACCAUACUGACGUUGCUACUUCAUACAGCAAAUUGGCUGAUGUGUGUUACAAGAAAGGUGAUCUGGAACAUGCUAAUGAUUAUCAUCAACGGGCAUUGAAAAUUUAUUUAGAACGAUUAGGGCCGAACCAUACUGACGUUGCUGCUUCAUACAACAAAUUGAGUGAUGUGUGUUACAAGAAAGGUGAUCUGGAACGUGCUAAUGAUUAUCAUCAACGGGCAUUGAAAAUUUAUUUAGAACGAUUAGGGCCGAAUCAUACUGACGUUGCUGCUUCAUACAGCAAAUUGGGUGAUGUGUGUUACAAGAAAGGUGAUCUGGAACAUGCUAAUGAUUAUCAUCAACGGGCAUUGAAAAUUUAUUUAGAACGAUUAGGGCCGAAUCAUACUGACGUUGCUGCUUCAUACAGCAAAUUGGGUGAUGUGUGUUACAAGAAAGGUGAUUUGGAACAUGCUAAUGAUUAUUAUCAACGGGCGCUGGUAAUACGUUUAGAACGAUUAGGGGCGAACCAUACUGACGUUGCUAUUUCAUACAGCAAAUUGGGUGAUGUUUGCUAUAAGAAAGGUGAUUUAGAACACGCUAAUGAUUAUUAUCAACUGACACUGAAAAUUUGUUUAGAACGAUUAGGGCCGAAUCAUACUGAUGUUGCUGCUUCAUACGGCAAAUUGGGUGAUGUGUGUUAUAAGAAAGGUGAUCAGGAACAUGCUAAUGAUUAUUAUCAACGGGCAUUGAAAAUCUAUUUAGAACGAUUAGGGGCGAACCAUACCGACGUUGCUACUUCAUACAACAAAUUGGGUGAUGUGUGUUACAAGAAAGGUGAUCUGGAACAUGAUAAUGAUUAUCAUCAACGGGCAUUGAAAAUUUAUUUAGAACGAUUAGGGCCGAAUCAUACUGACGUUGCUGCUUCAUACAGCAAAUUGGGUGAUGUGUGUUACAAGAAACGUGAUCUGGAACAUGCUAAUGAUUAUUAUCAAAGGGCGCUGGAAAUUAUUUUAGAACGAUUAGGACCGAACCAUUCUGACGUUGCUACUUCAUACAGCAAAUUGGGUGAUGUGUGCUACAAGAAACGUGAUCUGGAACAUGCUAAUGAUUAUUAUGAAAGGGCGCUGGAAAUUAAUUUAGAACGAUUAGGACCGAACCAUACUGACGUUGCUAUUUCAUCCUGCAAAUUGGGUGAUGUUUGCUAUAAGAAAGGUGAUUUAGAACACGCUAAUGAUUAUUAUCAACUGACACUGAAAAUUUUUUUAGAACGAUUAGGGCCAAAUCAUACUGACGUUGCUGCUUCAUACAGCAAAUUGGGUGAUGUGUGCUACAAGAAAGGUGAUCUGGAACAUGCUAAUGAUUAUUAUCAACGGGCAUUGAAAAUCUAUUUAGAACGAUUAGGGGCGAACCAUACUGACGUUGCUACUUCAUACAGCAAAUUGGGUAAUGUUUGCUAUAAGAAAGGUGAUCUGGAACAUGCUAAUGAUUAUUAUCAACGGGUGCUGGAAAUUAAAUUAGAACGAUUAGGACCGAACCAUACUGACGUUGCCACUUCAUACAGCAAAUUGGGUGAUGUUUGCCGCAAGAAAGGUUAUCUGGAGCAUGCUAAUGAUUAUUAUCAACGGUCGCAGGAAAUACGUUUAUAAUGACGAGGACCGAACCAUACUGACGUUGCUACUUCAUACAGCAAAUUGGGCGAUGUUUGCUAUAAGAAAUGUGAUCCUGAACAUGCUAAUGAUUAUUACCAAAAGGCGCUGGUAAUACGUUUAGAAUGAUUAAGGCCGAAUCAUACUGACGUUGCUACUUCAAACACCAGAUUGAGCGAUGUUUGCUGUGCGAAAGGUGAUCUGGAGCAUGCUAAUGAUUAUUAUUAACGAGCGCUGGAAAUUCAUUUAGAACGAUUAGGACCGAAUCAUACUGACGUUGCUACUUUAUAGAGCAGAUUGGGUGAUGUUUGUCGUCCGAAAGGUGAUCUGGAGCAUGUUAAUGAUUAUUAUCAACGAGCGCAGGAAAUCAAAUCAUACUGACGCUGCCAUUUCAUACCUCAACCUGGGUGAUAUGUGUCGUACGAAAGGUGAUCUGGAACUUACUAAUGAUUAUUAUCAACGGGCGCUGAAAAUUCAUUUAGAACGAUUAGGACCGAAUCAUAUUGAUGUUGCUACUUCAUACAACAACCUGGGUAAUGCUUGCUGUAAAAAAGGUGAUCUGGAACAUGCUAGUGAUUAUUAUCAACGGGCAUUGGAAAUUCGUUUAUAACGACUUUCGAUUAAGACGGAGCCACACAGGUGUUGUUAGAAAAUAUUAGUAAUGCCUUUAGC